AUGUCGUGUCAACAGCGCGCCACGCUGCGCGCCGCUCGCUCGAUCUGCAUGCGUAUUUUUGGCGCCACGCGGUUCAAGGACUCGUUUCAAAGCCCGCCCCAGAGCCUGCAGGCAGACCGCGGCCGCGUGCAGUACCCGCCGCAGCUGGAGGGCAACGCGCUGGGGCGGGGGCUGCUGCGCCUGGUUGGGGCGUACAGCCAAAAGCAGCAGCUAGCAAACGGGGCGUCCAUCCUAUACCAAGCGAUCACUGAGCAGUCGGAGGACGGGAGGCUCUACGAGGCGUUGGGGCUCGACCCUGACGCAUUCAUGUCAACCCACAGCCUGCUGGUGCUGCACAUGUGGUUAGUCAUCAACCGCCUGAAACCGGAGGACAGGUCGUCAGCGUCGGCGUUCCAGCAGCUGCUCUACACCGAUCACUUUUACAAAGACAUGGAGCGGCGCGUAUACAAGGAGGGGGUGCAGGUCCACGUCAGCAAGUGGCUCAAGAAGCUGGAGCAGCUGACAUAUGGCAGCUGGGUGGCCUAUGACAUCGCGCUGGCAGGGGAGCGGAGCCAGCUGGUGGACGCUCUCGUGAAAAACGUGUAUGGGGGAGACCCGACUCAGCGGCCCUUUGCAACACUGGCGGCGAAAUACCUCAACAGGGAGCUGGCCUGCUUGCAGCUGACCCCCAUCGAGGCGAUCUACAAUGGCCACGUCCGCUUCUCCCUGGAUGUGCGCAAAUCGGACGACAGAUAG